AUGGGCACCUUAGCCGCGGCGAUUCCCGUGACCGCCGGGGCGACGGCGCCGUCCAGGCACGCCGGCGGAAGACGACACCGCCCCCGCGGCUCCGUCGCCGUGCGCUGCUCGUCCGCGGCCGACGAGCGGCAGGCCCUCUUCAGCCGCAUCGCCCCCGUCUACGACCAUCUCAACGACGUGCUCAGCCUGGGGCAGCACUGGACGUGGAAGCGCAUCUGCGUCUCUUGGUCAAUGGCGAAGAGAGGGGAUCGGGUUCUUGAUCUCUGCUGCGGGAGCGGGGAUUUGGCGUUCCUUCUGUCUCAGAAGGUCGGCCUAGACGGAGAGGUGAUGGGUGUGGAUUUCUCAUGGCAGCAACUGCAAACUGCUGCUAGCCGUCAGGACCAACGCUGGAAGGCUUGCUACAAGAACAUCAAAUGGAUCGAGGGCGAUGCACUUGAUUUACCUUUCACAGACCGUUACUUUGAUGCUGUUACGGUUGGUUAUGGAUUGCGCAAUGUGGUGGACAAACCCAAAGCAAUGCGAGAGAUCCUUAGAGUCCUAAAACCAGGAUCACGAGCAUCUGUUCUAGAUUUCAACAAGAGUUCGUCAUUUUUCACGGCAUCGUUACAGAGUUGGGCGAUCAAUAAUGUCGUGGUUCCUCUGGCUAGUAGCUAUGGACUUACUGAAGAGUACAAGUACUUGAAAAGUUCGAUUGCACAGUAUCUUACAGGAGAGGAGUUGGAGAAGUUAGCCAAAGAAGCGGGUUUUUCCUCCGCCAAGCACUAUGAACUUGGUGGCGGGCUCAUGGGGAACCUAGUAGCAACUCGCUGA